AUGAGAAAUCAUACAGCAAUAACAACAUUCAUCCUGCUGGGAUUGACAGAUGAUCCAAAACUACAAGUUCUAAUUUUCAUAUUUUUGUUUCUCACUUACAUAUUGAGUGUGGCUGGGAACCUCACCAUUAUCACACUCACACUUUUGGAUUCUCAUCUUAAAACUCCCAUGUAUUUUUUCCUCCGAAAUUUCUCUUUCCUGGAAGUCUCAUUCACCACUGUUUGUAUUCCCAGAUUCCUGUACACCAUGACAACUGGUGACAACACUGUUACUUACAAUGCUUGUUUCACCCAGGUAUUUUUUAUUGUCCUCUUUGGAGCAACAGAGUUUUUUCUCCUAGCUGCCAUGUCCUAUGACCGCAAUGUGGCCAUCUGUAAGCCCCUACACUACACAACCAUCAUGAGCAACAGAGUAUGUACUAUACUUGUCCUCAGCUGUUGGUUUGCUGGCCUGCUGAUCAUCCUCCCACCCCUUGGCAUAGGUCUCCAGUUGGAAUUCUGUGACUCAAAUGAGAUUGAUCACUUUGGCUGUGAUGCAUCUCCCCUUCUACAGAUAACCUGCUCAGACACAGUCCUCUUAGAAAGGAUGGUCAUGCUCAUGGCUGUGGUGACUCUAGUGAUUACUUUGGUUCUGGUGACAGUUUCUUGUACAUACAUCAUCAGGACUAUUCUGAGGAUCCUCUCUGCCCAGCAAAGGACAAAGGCCUUUUCCUCUUGCUCUUCCCACAUGAUUGUCAUCUCCCUGUCUUAUGGCAGCUGCAUGUUUAUGUUCAAAUCCCCUGUAAAAGAAGGAGGUGCUUUUAAAAAAGGAAUAGCUGUGCUCAUUACUUCAGUCACACCCAUGUUGAAUCCCUUCAUUUAUACACUAAGAAAUCAACAAGUAAAGCAAGUCUUCAAAGACACUGUCAGAAAGAUUGUGAAGUUUUAA